GUCUGCUGCUGCCGUCGCCCCCGCUCAGCCUCCGGUAGAGAACCCAAAGAAAUGGUGUUACCUGGCAAGAGAUCUGCUGUCUUUUGUGAAAAGUCAGACCAAGAGCCCUGAAACCAACAAAAUAAUCAUCGAAGAGAGGAAGAGUUGAGAGAUACAACUUAAAUCAGAAUUCCAAAGUGAGGAAUCAGAACUUUAGCAAGAAGAUCCACCUAUACUGAACCUGAAAUCAGUGGCCAGUGACCCUGGGAUAAGAAUACUUAGAAAAUUAGUCACGUGUGAAGGUAAAAAUGGAAAUCAAAGAGGAAGGAACAUCAGAAGAAGGCCAGCACUUUCUUUCUGUGUCCCAGGCCAACGACACUGGUGGCGCUCAGUUCACAAGUAUCCAGAAGAGUGCAAAUGAACCACAACUAGAAUUCAUCCUUGCAUGCAAGGAUCUUGUGGCUCCUGUCCGUGAUCGGAAAUUGAACACCCUGGUGCAGAUCUCAGUAAUCCACCCCACAGAGCAAAGCCUGACAAGAUAUUCCAGCACUGAAGUGGUAGAGGGAACAAGAGAUCCUCUGUUUUUGACUGGUGUCAUAUUCCCGUCAGAGUAUCCCAUCUAUGAGGAGACCAAAAUAAAACUAACGGUCUAUGAUGUCAAGGAUAAGUCUCGCGACACCGUUCGAACGAGUGUCCUAUCUGAACAUAAUAAGGACUCCCCAUCAGAAGUUGGGCGAAGCUUCUUGGGAUGUGCAAGUUUUAAAGUGGGGGAGCUACUGAAGUCUAAGGAGCAACUGUUGUCCUUGAAUCUGAGAACUUCUGAUGGUGGCAAAGUGGUUGGCACCAUAGAAGUCAUUGCUGUGAAGAUGGGGGAGAUUGAAGAUGGGGAAGCUGAUCAUAUCACGACAGAUGUGCAGGGACAAAAGUGUGCACUGGUAUAUGAAUGUACAGCCCCUGAAAGUGUGAGUGGAAAGGAUAAUUUAUCUUUUUUGAAUGCAGUGUUAAAGAACCCAGUAUGUAAAUUAUAUAGAUUUCCCACCUCUGACAAUAAGUGGAUGCAAAUCCGGGAGCAGAUGUCGGAGAGCAUACUUUCUUUCCAUAUUCCUAAGGAAUUGAUUUCCCUUCAUAUAAAAGAAGAUUUGUGUAGAAACCAGGAGAUAAAAGAACUUGGUGAACUUUCUCCACACUGGGACAACCUAAGGAAAAAUGUCUUGACCCACUGCGAUCAAAUGGUGAACAUGUACCAAGACAUUCUGACAGAACUCAACAAGGAGACAGGGUCCUCUUUCAAAUCAAGCAGCAGCAAAGGAGAUAAAACGUUGGAAUUUGUUCCAGUCAAUCUACACCUACAGAGAAUGCAUGUGCACAGCCCUCACUUGAAAGAUGCUCUGUAUGAUGUCAUUACAGUGGGAGCCCCAGCUGCCCAUUUUCAGGGAUUUAAGAACGGCGGUCUCCGGAAACUGCUCCAUCGAUUUGAGACAGAGAGAAGAAAUACUGGAUACCAGUUUAUUUACUAUUCACCUGAAAACACAGCUAAAGCAAAAGAAGUUCUCAGCAACAUCAAUCAACUACAGCCUCUUAUAGCAACACAUGCAGACCUACUGCUUAAUUCUGCAAGCCAGCACUCCCCAGACAGCUUGAAGAAUUCUUUAAAGAUGCUUUCAGAAAAGACAGAGCUCUUUGUGCAUGCCUUCAAGGACCAGUUGGUCAGGAGUGCUCUUUUGGCCCUCUACACUGCCAGGCCAGGCGGCAUCCUUAAGAAACCGCCCUCUCCUAAGGGCAGCCCGGAACAGGGCCCUCCGCAGGACCAGCCCUCACCGGUGCAAGGGCAGGACUCCAUCCCGCACCACUCAGACUAUGACGAGGAGGAGUGGGAUAGGGUGUGGGCCAAUGUGGGGAAGAGCCUGAACUGCGUUAUUGCUAUGGUAGAUAAACUGAUUGAGAGAGACGGCGGCAGCGAAGGCAGCAGCGGCGACAAAGACGGGGAGAAGGACCUUUCACUGGCAGACUCCACUGCAUCUCACCCAAGGGAAGACUGGUACGAACAGCUGCAUCCGCUCAUUCUCACCCUGAAGGACUGCAUGGGAGAGGUGGUGAGCCGAGCCAAGCAGUCCCUGACGUUCGUGUUGCUGCAGGAGCUUGCCUACAGCUUGCCCCAGUGCCUGAUGCUGACGCUGCGGAGAGACAUCGUCUUCAGCCAAGCACUGGCGGGGUUGGUGUGUGGCUUCACCAUCAAGCUGCACACAAGCCUGCACGACCCCGACUUCCUGCAGCAGCUGCACACGGUGGGCCUGAUGGUGCAGUUCGAGGGGCUGCUGAGCACAUACAGUGAUGAAAUUGGAAUGCUAGAGGACAUGGCUGUUGGCAUUUCUGAUUUGAAGAAAGUAGCAUUUAAAAUAAUUGAGGCCAAAUCCAAUGAUGUCUUGCCGGUUGUAACAGGAAGACGUGAACACUACGUGGUUGAGGUGAAGCUUCCAGCCAGGAUGUUCGAGUCGCUGCCUUUUCAGGUCAAGGAAGGACAGCUGCUGCGCGUCUACCCAGUACUCUUUAAUGUUGGAAUCAAUGAACAGCAAACUCUUGCUGAGAGGUUUGGUGAUGUUUCUCUGCAAGAAAGUAUUAAUCAGGAAAAUUUUGAACUGCUUAAAGAAUAUUACACAGUAUUUAUGGAAAAGCUGCCUCCUGAUUACAUUUCACAUUUUCAAGAACAAAAUGAUCUAAAAGGAUUACUAGAAAAUCUUCAUCAAAAUAUCCAAGCCAAAAAAAGAAAGAAUGUAGAAAUCAUGUGGCUGGCUGCAACGAUUUGUCGCAAACUGAAUGGUAUUCGUUUCACCUGCUGUAAAAGUGCCAAAGACAGGACAUCCAUGUCGGUGACGCUGGAGCAGUGCUCCAUCCUGAGAGACGAGCACCAGCUGCACAAAGACUUCUUCAUCAGGGCGCUGGACUGCAUGAGAAGCAGACCAUCCCAGGGAGCACUGACUGAAUCCGAUGACCCUGAAACAGGCUGUCUAACCGAUAACAAGCCGACGUCUCGACACUUCUACCCUGUCGCCUUGCUGCUUGUCAGCUCUCACCUGCUAGUUGUGUGGCUUAUUUUAAGUCUUGCAUUACUAUUAGCCAAAUACCAAUAAGUUUUAUGUUGCAUUCCUUUCUUUUCUACAAAUGACACUGGACUUUAAAUUAUGGGGAUAAUGCUGUAAUAUUUCUACAUUUUCAAAUUCACAGAACUUUAAAAAAGAAGUUUGAAUUGUGUUUUUCGUUUUUCCUAGAACCUAAAAGACAAAAAGUACUAUGCAUUAAGUGAAUUAUUUUGCUUUUUUGUUUAUAGAAAAGUGUUGUCCCUCUGUUAACUAGCUCACGAAAAAUUUUUAAAUUACUGUCUGGACAAAAACAAAGAGCAGAAUCCUGAAAGCUUGAAGUUCUGAGCCUCCUGUUCCUCUUCCUAUUAAAUGUAUUAAAGAAACUAAGAUUGAAUUUGCAUAACUCAUUCAAACUCUGAGCUAAGUCCUAAGGACAUGGGAGGUUACAGAUUUUAUUUUCACUGUGCUAAUAACAUAGCUGCCAUCUGCUGAUAGAAACUUCUGUUUCAUUUUUUAAAUUAACCUGUGUGCUGUUUUAUUUCGUUGCUACUCUUCACCCUUUUCUGUCCAGUAACUUUCUGGAGAGAAUGGUUAUUUAUGUUUUGUAAUUAAAUUAACCUGUUUGUAACUAUUGUUUAGGUUGAUUUGGCUUUCAGAGUACUUUUCUAUUCUUUUUAACAAGGUCUCCUGUGUGUCUCAACGCACCCAUUUGAGCCCCUGUAACUUUUGUACUGUUCGUGGACAAACACUCUUCCUUUACAAAGAUGAGACUUGGACCAGGCUGUUCAGAAAGCCAUUUCCUCUCUUUGUUGCACAGCUAAAAUAAUGAAGUAAACUAGAGAUGAAACUUUCCUUUAAGAAUCUAUAGGGCCAGACUUAAUAAAUUAAAUGCCUUAUUCCUAGAGCCUACAUCCUUAGGGCUACAUAGAGAUUUUAAUGUGUUUUAAAGACUAUGAAAUUAAUUUGUGGAAAAGUUACAAAAAGGCAGAUAUAUUUAUGAAACUAGGGUGAAGUUGUAUUGUGGAGCAAAUUAUAUUUAAAGAGUUUAUUAAACCUUAAAUGUCUGUUAAGAAUGAAGAGACUUUAAUCAUCUCUUUCCAUAGGCAAUAAUGGUGUUGGGCCUGGCCUAGGAUUUAAUUCUGUAAGAUGUAUCAUCAUUUGUGGAAAAAAAAAUGUAGAGUUGAA